GAUGUGGGCACUGGGAGGGCCCGUCCCCGCGGGCGCUGUCCGUUCAGCACCGCGGCCGCGCAACGGGACCGGCUGAGCAGAGCCCGGUUAAACCGAGCCCGGGUUAAACCGAGCCUGGGCUGAGCCGGGCCUGGGCUGAGCCGGGCCUGGGCUGAGCCGGGUCUGGGCCGGGCGGGGCGGCGCUGCUGAUCCCGCCCCAUCGUCUCCCGGCCGCUUCCGGGUUCCUGUGCCCCCCCGCGGCCCCCGGCCCGGCGGGGCGGCCCCGCUCCGCCCCCCCGCUCCGCCCGGCUCUCGGCGCUGCCCCGCGCCCCGGCCCCCCCGGCGGGACGCGCCCAGGAUGCCCGAGGAGCGCGGCUCUGUCCCACAAUGUCGGUCUCUAAACUGCAGGACACAGAUGAGGUUUUCGAUUUUACCGCUGUGGUUCCAGAGACGCCGCGCCUGGACAGCAGCCUGCAGAAGGCCCGAGCCCGGCUCCUGGCCAAGAGCCGCCGGCAACGGCCGUCGCGCUCCCGGCUGCGAGACAGCGCCAGCUCCACCGAGGGGGACGAGGGGCCCGAGGCCGCGGGAGCAGAGGGGGAUGGUGGCCCCCCAGCCCCCUCGCCCUUCUCCCGCGGCGCCGAGUUCUCCUUCGAGGUGGGGGGGGCGCGGCGGGCGCUGGGGGAGCCCCCCGGCCCCUCGCCCCCCCUCAGCCGCUACCGGCCCCUGACGGACGCCUGGUGCCACGAGGGGUUGGCGGGCCCCCCCUCGCCCAAGUCCUGCCCCAGCUCCGACAGCUCGCCCGGCUUCGCCCAGCCCCAGCGGCACAGCGAAGAUGACAGCCGGGACACGAGCCCCCCCGAGCCCGCCAGCCCCACCGUGGGGCUGGACAAGAGAACGCGGAGAAAGUUCCUGGAUUUGGGGGUGACCCUGCGCCGCGCGUCCUCCAGCAAGAGCCGGCGGGAGAAGAGCAGCAACCGCCUGUCCAUGGGCAGCAGGGAGGUGGCAGAGGGUCCCGGCCGCCCCUCGGGGUCCCCGUUCCUGCCCUUCUCCUGGUUCUCAGACGGUGUGAGGGGCUCGGGCUCCCCUGGCUCCACGUCCCCCGCCGGCUCCCCCCGCCAUGAGGGGCUCAGCCCCCACAAAUCCGCCUCCCAGGACUCCACUCUGAGCGAGGAUUCGCCGCCGCCCAGCGCCAGCCCCCGCCUGCCCGGCCCCCCCGGCAGCAGGUGCUCGUACCCCUACCACACGCUGUCCCAGUCCUCGGACGAGCUCCCGGAGGAGCCGCCCGGCGCGGCCGCGGGCUGGACGUGCCGGCAGGUGGGGCAGUGGCUGGAGGGGCUGGGCCUGGGGCACCACGGCGAGCGCUUCUCGGCCCACGGCGUGGACGGGACGCGGCUGCUGCGCCUCGACGGCGCCAAGCUCAAGCGCGCAGGAGCGGGCGCUGCUGAAGCGGCGGCUGAAGGAGCUGAGCGCGGCGGCGCAGCGCGAGCGCAAGGCCCAGGAGAAGGCGGAGAAGCAGCGGGAGAAGCAGAAGAAGCAGGAGCAGCGGCGGAGCUGAGGGGGAAGGGAGCCCUGCGCCCCCUCCCCGCCCGCAGCCGCCGGGACGCCCCGCGGGACCCGGUUCUGGCGCAGGACGUGGCGCCGCGGCCGAGGCUGCCAGGCUGGGACGGGCACGGAGCGGCAUGUGCCCCCCGUGCAGCCGCCCCCUCCCCACUGCACCCCCGCACCCCAUGGGCACAGUCCGGGCCCCCACGGGCCCCUUUUCUGGAUGCAAGUGGCACGUUGGACCCCCCGACCCUGUUCCAUCACCCCCACCUGAAGGGUCACUGUCACCCCCUCCCCAGCACCGUGAGGCACCGGCCGAGGACAGUGCAUGGCCCGACCCCCCAGACACACCCCCCACGCUGGGGUGUGGGGAGCGAACGCUGCCCCCCCAGCCCUGAGUGCAGCGACCCAGGGGACACCCCAGGAAAUAAAAGGGUAUCAAGGGCCAGUGCAAACCAGUGCGACCAGUGUGAGCCUGGCUGGGAGGGGCUGGGGGACAUGUGGGGGGGGGGGAGCUCUGUGCCAGGCGGGGGGGCAACGGGAAGUGGGAGGCAGAGCGUGGCCCCCACCCCAGGACCCAGCUCUCCAUCCCUGAGCCACCUGUGUCCCCAGGUGCCACACUGGUGUGACACUGCAGCCACCUCCCCGGGCCGGGUGACCCCAGGCUGGGUAAACUGAGGCACGGGGCGGGGG